UUUGCUAAUCAUCAGGUUUAGACAACAAACCAAAUCUCCAGAUGGACCGAUUGCCACAUCAACAUUAAAAAAGAAACAGUUUAAAACCAGUCAUCGAAUUGUCACUUCAUUAACGUUGUCAAGUUUUAUAUUCUUAAAUAGAGAUACAUAAGAGGAUGGGCACCACGUGAAAUCUAUACCGGCGCACAGUCGUCAAUACAUGAAGUUCGAGAAGUUUCGAACCCAACCCUUUUCUCUUCUUAAUAUUCCGGAACUUUCGAAUUUUUUAAAGUCGAGUGAGUGAGAAAGAGUACUAUAUUUAUAUAAUUUUUUAUUCAAUUUAAUAUUAUCACUCACUUUCCCACUCAUUCCUCCUAUUUAAGCCACCUCCCCAUGGCCUACGUGGAUAUUAUCUUCCUCUCUUCUCCCUCCCAACUGCCAUUAACGAACUCUUAAACCAUAUAUGUCAGCACCACAACAUCAAAUCACUUUCAUCAUUCACUUUCAAAUCCGAUAACAAACAAACAGUUUCCCAAGAUGGUUUAGUUGGAACAAUUUGAUCCAAGUUACCAAACAAUCAUUUCUUUUUCUUAAAUCGAUGAAUCCGUUUCUGCUCCAAGAAAAUGUUCCACCACCGUCACCACCAAAACCAAUCGAAGGGUUGCACGAAAUAGGACCGCCUCCGUUUCUGAUCAAGACAUUCGAGAUUGUGGAGGAUCCAAACACGGACCACAUCGUGUCUUGGAACAGAGGAGGCACUAGUUUUGUCGUCUGGGAUUUGCAUUCUUUCUCUGAGUUUCUUCUCCCUCGUCACUUCAAACACAGCAACUUCUCAAGCUUCGUCAGACAACUCAACACUUACGGUUUUAGAAAGAUAGAGGCAGAGAGAUGGGAGUUUGCAAACGAAGGGUUUCUCUUGGGACAGAGACAUUUACUGAAGAGCAUCAAGAGAAGAGCUUCCUUUGCUUCAUCAUCGAUUAUUCAAGAUCCUUGCGUAGAGCUUCGUAAGGAGAAGCAACUGCUGUUGAUGGAGCUGGCGAGUCUGAGACAGCAGCAACAAACCGCGAGAAUUUACAUCAAAUCCAUGGAGCAGAGGAUCGAAGGAGCAGAGAAGAAACAGAGAAUGAUGAUGUCGUUCUUGGCUAGGGCGUUUCAGGGCCCUACGUUUCUGUAUCAGCUACUCCAGGAGAGAGACAUGAGACUUAAGGAGGUUGAGGUUGAGGUAGAAGAGAGGGAAAGAGGUUCUUCGGUGUCUGAACUCGAGGCUCUGGCGCUGGAGAUGCAAGGGUAUGGGAGACAGAGGAAUAUGAAGGAAGAAGAGGAUAUGGUGGUCGAGAGAGAGUUGGACGAUGGUUUCUGGGAAGAGUUGCUUAGUAAUGAGAGUUUGGCUUCUACAUCUUCUAGCUAAGAUGUCUCUGUCCUUUUGCCUUUUAGUUGUUCUUUGAUGUUUUUUCCUUUACUUUUUUUUUUGUUGCCUAUUUUGUUUUGUUUCUCACUUGUUUAUUUCCAAGCACUUCUUGUCAAAAAGGAGUAGUGUAAUUUUUGUUAUGUGUGUAGAUAAAUAUAUGAAAGUAUGUUUGUCCCUAAUUACACAGCCCUUGACAAGGCUUUGAA